AUGGUGGGCAUAGUACUGGCGGUCCGGGGACCAGCAAGGCAGCUAUGGCCAUCAUCACCGCUUCUGCUGUUGCUGCUGCUCUUUUUGCUGCUGUUGCUGCUGCUGUGCAAAGGGGCCUCAGCACAGUACUCCAGCAAUAUGUGCAACUGGAAAGGGAGUCAUAGUAAUGCUUAUCAGUUUCAGAUGACAGAAAGUAGGGAAGUAUUUAAUUUAUUUUCUUCCACAGUUCCAUGUCGCCCUUGCAGUGACACAGAAGUUCUUUUAGCUGUCUGCACUAGUGACUUUGUGGUAAGAGGAUCAAUCCAGAAUGUAACAAAUGAGCCAGAACAACAAGAAUCUAUCAUUGACAUCCAUGUCAGCAAACUGUACAGGCAGAAGAAUAAAGUCUUUCAGGUUGUGGAAAGCAGUGAGAGCUGGCAAGGACAAAUCAAGACACUAUUAGAAUGUGGAGUGAAACCAGGAAAUGGAGAUUUCCUCUUCACAGGCCGAAUGCACUUUGGGGAGGCCAGAUUAAGCUGUGCUCCUUGUUUCAAAGACUUCCUAAGGAUGUAUAAAGAUGCUGAGAAUAAGGGCCUGAAUCCAUGUGAAAUAGGCACAGUCUAAAGAUGAAUGAUUAGAUCAGAAAUCCUCCUUCUCUUCCCCAGACAACCUCAUUCCACCUAUACUUAUGCCUGACAAAUUCACCGUCAUAGUGAAUACUAUUAAUUUGUUGGCAAGCAACUUUCAGAGAAGCUACUACUUGGAACAGGUUCCCUGGGGUCUCUUUAUAACAUCAGGAACUGUUAUACUAAUAAAGAUACAAGCCAGAUUAUAUACAUGUUCCCUAGUUCUUUUCUUUACUAAUUGGAAGUCUUGAAAAAUGCAAACUAAAUUAUUAUAUUUUAAGACAUUUUUCAUUGGAAACAAAUUCCCACAUUUUAAACAAACUACUUUUGUCCUUUUAAUACCAUUUUAAAAACCUUAAGAUAAUAUUAUUUGGUCUGAUAUACAACUUUAACAACAAUGCUUUGUUAAAAGCUUAGAGAAUAAUUUGAAGUCAUUUCUUAUGACAGAAAUUUGUAGUCAAAAAAUUUGAUUCGUUUUUCUUUGAUGUUUUUCGUGAUUGCUUUUUCAUUUUAAUUUUGAAUCAUAAUUACCUGCUACAGUCAUCUUUUGGCUGGUAAAUUAUUUCCAUUUCAGAGAAAUAAAACUUUCUGGAUUUGUAA